GAGGAGAGGAUUGCUGACCGGGUCGAGGCAAGCUUGGUCGCGCGUCGCACGAGGACUGUUGCGCGGCCUCAGCCGAUGUCGAUCGCGUCGUAGGUCUCUCUGGCUCUUCAGGCGAGCACCGAGCUAACCGGCGAGCAAAGCGAACGAGAGGGGAGCAUCUAGCCGGCGGCAGAGUGACGCGCAAGGAUACAGCUCCACGAAGAGGAGAAGAGAGAAGAGCGCCUCCUCCGCCGCCGACUUAGGCUUGUCUGGCUGCGUGGAGCGGCUUGGGAUCGGGAGGACGGGCCAACCGGGCCGUCUGUCUGGCCCUUCGACACGCGCUGCCUCGACAGGCUGGCCGACCAGCCACCGCAUCGUUUUCAACCACGACUACUCUUCGACUGACAGAGACUCGGAAUCGGAGCGUGCACCGUUCCAACGACUCGAGACACGAUCGGCGUCCGCUACUCGGAGGGCCGCCGUUUACAAGCUACAGCCACAGGUAAACGGGGAACACGGAUCGGGAACGGCGGCAACAGCACGAGGAGAAGGAGAAGCUUCGGACACAAUGCGGCCUAGGGCCGCGACAACCUCCACCGACCCAGCCCGUGGGUUACAUCCGUUCCCGGUUGUCCUGCGAGUCACCUGCGUCCUUGCCCUACUGGUCGUCACGUGGAUACCGGUCACUGAGGCUGUGAUCUGCAGAGAUUCGUACAAAUGCAAUUGCACCGGAAUAAAAGGAAUUGCCGGUUUUCCUGGGAUUCCUGGACAACAGGGACCGGAAGGACUUCCGGGUGACAUCGGACCGGAUGGACCUCCAGGUCCAAAGGGUGAAAAAGGAGCUGGCGGAGAGCUGGGUGGCACUGGAGAAAAAGGCUACAGGGGUGACCAAGGUAUACAAGGUUUCCCCGGACCUCCAGGACUGUCGGGUAACACUGGUGCACCCGGUGUAAUGGGACCAGACGGUUUGGAUGGAUGCAACGGAACCGAUGGACGUGCCGGUGCACCGGGAAUGCCCGGCAUUUAUGGUGAGCGUGGUCCACCAGGACCAAUGGGAGACUAUGGCCCCACUGGUGAACCAGGUGAAGGUGGUGUCAACUCUGUAGGCGUAAAGGGUAUUCGUGGAAAUCCAGGCGUCAAUGGACCUGAGGGUUUCCCAGGAACGUACGGGAUCCCCGGUGAAAUGGGUUAUCCAGGCGAAACCGGCGACGUGGGUUAUCCUGGAACCCCCGGAUUACCAGGCAUGCAAGGAGAACCUGGAGAAACAGUGUACGGUGUGCAAGGUCAACCAGGUGAACCAGGUGACAGGGGAGAAGUUGGACCACCGAGCGAUCCUAAAUUUAGAGGAAGUCAGAAUACUACAUCGGUAAAGGGCGAUAAAGGUGACAAAGGGAUGCGAGGAAAUUAUGGAGAUCGUGGUCGAAAAGGAGAGAUGGGAGCCAAGGGUCCUUAUGGUCGGCCAGGUUAUGCCGGUCUCAAAGGUAUGAAAGGAGAGCAAGGAGGAGACGGUCCGAGAGGCAAACAAGGAAUAGAAGGUCCAUCAGGACCCCCAGGAGAAAAAGGAGAUAAAGGAGCUCCAGGUUAUGCUGGCAAUCCUGGAGUUGAUGGACCUGAUGGUGAAUUAGGAGAGCCCGGAAAUGCAGGACCACCGGGUAAACAAGGGGCUGCUGGAGAACCUGGAAAAUAUAUACCAGAACUGGACGAAAUAAUCCAAGGAAAUAUUGGAAUUCAGGGAGAUCUAGGACCACCCGGUAAACCAGGAGAACCAGGAACGCCUGGUCUACCUGGAGCAGUAGGUUACAUCGGACCACCUGGUCCUCCAGGACCCCCAGGUCCUCCCGGAUUGGCAGGAUUAAAAGGAUCUUCGGUCAAAGGAGAGCCCGGGGAUGACGGUCCUGGUGGAGAAAUCGGCUCUCAUGGACCUCCCGGUUUAUCUGGCUUACCUGGACCUAUUGGACCGAAAGGAUAUCCUGGAAUAACAAUCAUUGGUCCGCCUGGUAUUGAUGGUAAACCUGGAUAUCCUGGAAUUUCUGGAGAUCGUGGUGAUCGUGGUGAUCCUGGUCCUCAAGGUCCGAAGGGUUUCCCUGGAAAAGGAAUCAGAAUUCGAGGCCCGCCUGGUGAGCGUGGUUUACCAGGAGCACCAGGUAUUCCUGGACGUGAUGGAAGGCCCGGUAUGACAGGUUUAUUAGGUGCAAAAGGUAUCCGAGGCGACGACUGUGGCAUUUGUAAACCAGGAUUGCCUGGUCCAAAAGGUGAAAGUGGUGACAAUGGAUUGAACGGAUAUCCUGGAGCACCAGGAUUUCCAGGAUUACCAGGUCCUCGCGGAUUCAAGGGAGCGCUAGGUAAACCGGGUGCUCCCGGUCCUAGAGGAUUGCAAGGCGAUAACGGAAGGCCAGGAAUUGCGGGACCUCAAGGGCCAAAAGGAGAAAGUGGAAAAAUAAUUUUUCCAGGCAAAAAAUUGAUCGGAAAGCCUGGUGAUGUUGGUGACAAAGGAUUUCCCGGAAUCGAAGGACCAAGAGGUCGACGAGGACAACCUGGCAUUCGAGGCGACACUGGACCCCCAGGUCCUAAAGGAGAGAAAGGUGACCAUGGUCCUCCAGGAUUUCCUGGACGCGAUGGUUUUCCAGGUAUAGAUGGUAUUCCUGGUCCAAAAGGUGAUGACGCGUACAUACCAAUCGAAUAUCUGCAUGGAGAACCAGGUGUGCCUGGUAGUCCUGGUUUCAAAGGUGCACAAGGUGAUAAGGGAGGAAAAGGAGAACCUGGAAUAUCAUCGUCAUACGAUAUUAAGAUGAAAGGGGAGAAGGGAUUCAAGGGAGAAAGAGGUGCUCCAGGAUACGAUGGAGCUAAAGGAGUUGCAGGAUGGAACGGUGACGAAGGAUUCCCAGGACUUCCUGGUGUCCCAGGAUCUCCUGGUAUAUCACCGCAAGGUCCUGUAGGUUUGAAAGGAUAUCCCGGAAUGCCAGGAGAACAAGGUCCACGUGGUACACCAGGUACACCAGGACCACAAGGACCUGUUGGUUUUCCGGGUCGCAUAGGAAACAAAGGUGAUCGCGGUGACCCAGGUACAAAUCAGACAUACGGCGACUAUGGAUUAUGGGGUCUACCCGGUGAGAAGGGAGACUUCGGUAACCCUGGGCCACAGGGUUACCGAGGUAGACCUGGAGUAGAUGGACCGAAAGGUGUGAAAGGUGCCAAAGGUGCCCCUGGCAUCGAGGGUCUACAUGGAUUACAGGGUGCUAAAGGACAACGAGGUGAUAGUGUACAGGGAUAUCGAGGUUUCCCUGGAGAAGCUGGCCAACCUGGAAUGCCUGGAAGAAUGGGAGAAAUAGGUAUCCCAGGAUCCGAUGGACCACCUGGAUUCGACGGGAUGAAGGGUCUUAAAGGGGAAGUUGGGUUGAUAGGACGUCGUGGUGACGACGGUGACAUUGGCCCCAUGGGUUAUUUGGGAAGAGACGGUAUACCUGGAAUGCCUGGUCCUCCUGGCGAAGACGGCGAAAUCGGGGAAAUGGGUGAAACUGGUCCACCCGGUUGGCCAGGAAAGCAUGGAGAACCAGGAUUACCAGGAUUUAAGGGAGAACGAGGAAACACUGGUCCUGCCGGUCCGGAAGGAGGUAUUGGACCACGUGGAUUUAAGGGUAUCACCGGAGACGCUGGUCCAGAUGGUUUGGAUGGACUUCGGGGUGAAAACGCGUUCAGUGGACCACAGGGUGACAGAGGAGAACCUGGUUUCAUGGGAACAAUCGGUGCACCUGGAUUCCCCGGUGUUGAUGGCAGACCUGGUCUACCUGGUGAACCUGGUUUGUCAACUGAUGGAUUCGAUGGAUUACCAGGAGAGAAGGGUGAACCUGGUUACGACGGAUUCAAUGGAAUACCUGGACCAAAGGGAGAAAUUGGUGAUAUGGGUCCUGAUGGCUUGAAAGGAGCAAGAGGUGACUGGGGAUUUAAGGGACGAGCUGGUGCACCUGGUAUUCAUGGUAGAUAUGGUAUAAAAGGUGCACAAGGUCCAAUGGGACCACCUGGUCUCGAUGGUCCCAAAGGUAAAAGAGGAUUGGACGGUGAUCCUGGACAAAUGGGUACACCUGGAAUGCCUGGAGACUCUGGUCCUCGAGGAGCACCCGGUUUAAUGGGUACACCAGGACCAAAAGGAGAAGUAGGUGAACCUGGUCUACCAUCAUUUGCUGAGGCAGAGAAAGGUGAUUUUGGAACCCCGGGUCUCGAUGGACUACCUGGUAUUAAAGGAGAACGAGGUGAACAAGGCUAUGUGGGAUUAUAUGGUCGUAAGGGUGAGAAAGGUGACAUGGGAUUCUACGGACCAAGUGGAUUCCCAGGUUUGCCAGGAAUCCCAGGACUUCCUGGUGAUCAAGGACCUCCAGGAUUUCCAGGAGCACCUGGUCAAUUCGCUGAACGAGGAGAAGCUGGACGACCUGGACUUGAUGGAAUACCGGGUAUCCCUGGAGUUCCAGGACAAAAAGGUGCUCCUGGAGAUUACGGACCCGAUGGUCCUAAAGGAAUUCGUGGAGAGAUUGGUUUCACCAUUCCUGGUCCAAAGGGACGUCCAGGAGAUCAAGGUCCAAAAGGAUUCGCUGGUUUCCCUGGAGCCCCAGGAUUGCAAGGAUUACCGAGUCCACCUGGACCACCUGGACAAAAAGGUUCUCAAGGAGAUGCCGGUUAUCCUGGAAUCUCUGUUAAAGGACAACAUGGUGAUCGAGGAUUUCCUGGACUUGAUGGUAGAACAGGAGCGAAAGGAGAAAGAGGUGAUGCGGGUCUUCCUGGAUUCCCUGGACUUCCUGGACAAAAAGGAGAACGCGGUGACUUGGGCGAACCUGGUUUACCUGGAAUGGCAGGUUCUCCAGGUCCAAAGGGACCAAAAGGAGAUCAAGGUACCAAUCCAUUUUCACCUUUCCCAAGGAAAGGAAUACCUGGAGACAUAGGACUUUCUGGACUGCCAGGUUUCCCUGGACAGCAAGGAAUGAUGGGUGAACCAGGAGAGGACGGCUUGCCUGGAAGAGUAGGGGAACCAGGAAUGAUGGGACCACCAGGACUUCCAGGUCUUGAUGGCGAACAAGGUCGUCCCGGUUAUGCUGGUCCUCCCGGUUCUGUUGGACGACAAGGACCUCCAGGAUAUCCUGGACUGCCAGGACCUCCAGCGCCUCCAGCUCCGGGCCCACGAAACAGAGGCUUCUACUUUGCUCGACACUCGCAAUCUGAAAUGAUACCUAUAUGUCCACAAAACACCGUAAAACUCUGGGAUGGUUUCUCCCUGUUGCACAUAAUGGGUAACGGAAAGCCUUACGCACAAGAUCUGGGUGCUGCCGGAAGUUGCGUCAGGAAAUUCUCCACCAUGCCUUUCAUGUUCUGUAGCAUCAACAACGUGUGCGAUUAUGCAAAUCGCGAAGAUUACAGUUAUUGGUUGAGUACAACUGAACCUAUGCCUAUGUCCAUGACGCCGAUACCAGCACCAGAAGUUGGAAGAUACAUUUCUAGAUGUUCCGUUUGUGAAGCACCAACUCGUGCAAUUGCGGUGCACAGUCAAACCAUGACAAUACCACAGUGUCCGGGUGGUUGGGACGAACUUUGGAUCGGAUACAGUUUCCUCAUGCACAGGGACGCAGGUGCAGGUGGUGGUGGUCAAUCUUUGAUCUCCCCCGGUUCGUGUCUUGAAGAGUUCCGCGCAAGGCCAUUCAUAGAGUGUCGAAGUCUCGGCACUUGCAACUACUUCUCCACUGCCACAUCUUACUGGCUAGCCACCAUCAAAGAACACGAGAUGUUCCGUAAACCUCUACCGCAGACAUUGAAGACUGACCACACAUCACGCGUCAGUCGCUGCGCAGUUUGUAUUCGUCGUCGUAUGAACGAAGACGGCAGCCAGCUAAAGCCUUUCACAUCGAACGGACACCAGGAGGCAGUAGGCAACAUCCGGUAUCCGCCUCCUCCACGUUAUCCUGACUAUCAAUACCACAGGCAGCCUCCUGUAGGAAGAACAAGAAAUCCACACAGACGCAUACCGUACCAUUUUCGAAAGAAAGGACGGUCCCGUAAAACAGAACGAACAACGGAGACUCCGGAAGCUGCUUAGAACGCAUCUAAGUGUUAGAAGGGUUACGAAGUGACGUGAAGAGCAGCAGCGAACCUAUGUGUAUAUAACGAGAUUAUCGGACCUGUUAGUUAAGUUAUCGCGUCUUUGUGUGGCGUUGCCGAGAGAAACGAUGAAUACGAAACGCCAUAAGCGUGUGGCUACCUAUUCGUGGCUUAUGCCAAAAAUUCACCGGGGACAGAAGUCCCGUUGAAACUGCCAAUCGACGUCCGCUACGGGGCGCGACGAAUCCCGUGUAACAUUGAAUUUAAAUUAAUAAUACACAUAUUGUAUGAUGUAUGGCUAUUGUAAUAACUUGUUUAUGUAUGUAUCUGCAUUGAGUAUAAAAUAAAAAGUCUUUUGUAGAAGCUACCGAA